AUGCCGGAAUCACGCUCUACGGAACCGCUAGUGUGGAUCGACUGCGAGAUGACGGGCCUCAACGCCGAAAGCGACACCAUCAUGUCGCUCGCGUGCUUCAUCACCGACGCAAACCUCAACCUUCUCGAGCCCAAUGGCUACGAAGCCAUUAUUCAACAUAAUGAGGCCCAGAUGAAUGCAAUGGGAGAGUGGUGUCGUAAUCAUCACGGCGCUUCGGGUCUCACGAAGGCCUGUUUGGCGUCGACCAUUACAGCCGAACAGGCCUCGGAAGAAUUGCUGGACUACGUGAAGAAGUACGCACCAGAGCGGAGAAGAGCAUUGCUAGCUGGUAAUACUGUACAUGCGGAUAAGAUGUUCUUGCUCAAGGAGCCCUGGAAGCAGGUCAUGAGUCAUUUGCAUCAUAGGAUACUGGAUGUGAGCGCAAUUAAAGAGGCUGCAAGGCGAUGGGCUGGGCAAGAUGUGUUGAAGAAGAGUCCGCAGAAAGCGGGCAAGCAUGAGGCCAGAGCAGAUAUCUUGGAGAGCAUUGAGGAGGCGAGAUACUAUCGACAAGUGUUCUUUCUACCGACUGAGAAUCAAGUCGGUAGGUGA